AUGGGGAAAGAGCACAAAUCGAAGCACAAGAAGGACCGGUGAGUAUUGCUUUUUCAAAUUAUCAACGAAAACGUGAGAGAAAUCCGUGUGAAAAUGUGAUUUUUUGCAGAAAACGUCAACGAUCGCCGUCGAGCAGCGAAUCUGAUUCGGAUGAUGAGCAGACGAAGAGAAUCCAGGUAGGAAAGCGAUUUUCAAACGAGAUUUUGACAAGAAUAUUAAAAAUUGAGAAAAACCGGAGAAACCGGCGAUUUUUCUAUAAAAUCCCCAAUUUUUGCUUUCAGAAGCGGCUCGCCGAGCAGAGAUUGGUGAAAAAAGAAGAGAAGAAGCGGCAGAAGGAGGAGAUGAAGGCGAACGAGACGGCGGAGGAGAAACGGCGGCGACGGAUGGAGAAGAAGGCGCGGAAAGAGGCGAAGCGGCGCGACGCGGAAGCGGAAGACACUCUGAUUCCGCCGGAACUCAACUACACAAACCUCAACAAUCCGUUCAACGACGCGAAAUUGACGCAGACUUUUGUGUGGGGCAAGAAAUUGGAGAAGGAGGGAAAGAACGGCCUGACGCAGGAAGAGAUCACCAAACAGUACGCGUCUUUUUGAUUUUUUCUCUAAAAAACGGAAAUCAGACUCACCAAUUCACUUGCAGAACCUCGCAACGAAUCCGCAAAAACCUGACGGAGGCGGCGGAGUUCAAACGGAUCCGUGAUUCGCGUGCGGCGGCGAAGGAGGACGCGGAAAUGAUGAAGAGGGACGCGGAUCUGCGUUCCGGACAAAUGUCGGACACUAAAGAACGCGAGUUCCAGCUGGAUCAGGUGAAGGAACGGACAAGGAUCCGCAUCGAGCAGGGAAGGGCCAAGGCGAUCGACCUGCUGACGAGAUACGCGCGCUUCACGGACGAGAACUCGCCCGAAUUCCAGACGUCGGCCGACUUCGAACUGGAGAAUCCGGUCGAGUACAUGAAGGCGAGUUGCAGAACGUCCGAAGACAUUGAGGACCUUAUCGAGGACAUCCGCACGUACCGGGAACUCGACGGAUGGGCCAACAACCACAUCUGGUGGGCGGACAUUACCCGAAUUGCCGAGGACGAAAUUGCGAGACGCGUCAAGCAGAACAGUCGGGAAGAUGUGCACGAGAGUGUCAAACAGGAAGUACAGACCCUUUUUAAGGUGAGAUUUUAG